GAAAAACAUGAAAGGUGCGAGAAAGAGGGCAAGAGAGGGCGCGGAGAAAACUGCGGACAACAGAGUGAGAGAGAACGGGGAAAGAAGAGAGGCGGUGGGCCGGUGAGGCGAAAGAGAGAAAGAUGAAGAGAAGUAGAGAAGGAGGUAGACUUCGGGUGCGAGCAGUCUACUCGAACGCAGUAAUGCCGACCAGCUCCAACCGGGUGCCGCCAAAUCGAACCCCGGUUCGAAUUCCGCACGGCCGUGGCCGCGGAAAAAAACAAGAGGAAUCAAAGGAGGAAGAGGAGGAAGAGGAGAAGGAAAAGAACGAGGAGGACUGUGGAGGAGAGGAAGAUAACGGCGACGAAGACAACGGCAACGACGACGACGACGACGACGACGACGAUCACGACGAUCGCAACGAUCACCACGACGAUCACCACGACGACGACGACGACGACGACGAGCACGACGGGGAAUGCGAAUAAAAAGAAGUCGCGAAGGUGGAAGAGGAAGAAGAAGAAAAAGAUCACCGACGAUAGGAAUGACAGGAGCGAUCACUGGGAACUUUAUUCAACAACUAAAGGACCAGCGAUUCUCUUCGAGCGACACGAAGACAUCACGCAUCAUCGUGGAUAAUCGCCCCGUAAUAACUGCGAGGCAUUACGUAUCGCAACCACUCACCGUUCUCGCGAGGGCAGUUUUUGCACGGACGCAUCCCACCGGAUAGAAAAGAGGCUAGAUACUAGAAGCUAGAAGUUUAAGCUGCAACUUUAAGUCCCUCGUGAAUAAUCGCCGGCGUCCUAGGGGCGAGAAUCUCGACAUUCAUAACGGCGCGCGGUAGUCGGCCGAUGACUGCCGCAGCCGGCCAAAAGAUUGCAGAAAAUCCGCCCGGGCGACGAGAUAAAUUCCCUUGCGUGUGCCGCGUGGACGUGCAAAACAAAUUAAAAGAAAGGGAAACAAAAAGAGAGAGAGAGAGAGAGGGGGGAGAGAGAAAAAUAAAAAACGCAAAAACGGAGCUUGAAAGUGCAAGAGGUGGUCGCCCGAGCACGCUGAUAAACGCUGAGUAAUGGGGACGCAAAUUACGUGCGAGGAAUACCGCGUGAGAAAUGAGUGUCCGAUGCAAAUUCUUCUGGCCGCGAGGGCGACGCGGCGACCGGUAUUGCCGGAUACCGUAACUUCGUCUAAACGAUUCAUCGCGACCGCGUGGACCGAGGAUAGGUCCACGAAGCAAGCCGACCGUCCUUCGUAGUCUCCGUGACGAUCCGGGAAGAGAAACGUAAUCCUGGAGGAAUUAGCCAAUUAGUACUGCCGGUAGAGGAUCUGCGCUAAGUUAAUACAACGACGUAUCCACACGACGGAGAUCACAGGCAGAUUAUGUUGCUCGGCAACGUCGAUAGCUCCCAAUUCUGUGUUCGCUGUGGACCAAGAUAUAUAAUCCGCGGAAUAUAACAACGCGUUAUAACCUUCACGAAACGUAUACGGAAUUUUAGACGGAUUACUUCCCGGUAACUCAAUGGCUUUUAACCCUAAUUCCGCGAUGCAACAGCGUGGUGAUAUUAGAUCUGUAUAGAUUGCGUGAGAUAUCACGAGUCAGCGUGUACAAACUUCGCGGUACUACAAACCAGCAUGUAUAGUCUUCACAAUAGAGAGUGACUCGGCAAGUAAGGUAUCUAUUCGGUUUCUCCGGCAUCAAUUACACCUCGCUUCCCCGGGUUUGUUCCCGGGAUUGACGCAGACUCGUCGCCGAAGUGACUGUGCGAUUAUUCGAGGAACAUACGCUCGGCUUUAAACGGAGGAAGUGGCUUCGCACCGUGUCAUUCUCGAGAUCCGGCAUAUCGGCGCAAGUGCGCACCUUUAAUCUUUUUCAGUGCAGAGUUAUUAUAACAAUAAUGAUAUAAAUAUACAAUUUAAAAACUAAUUUCCUCUUAUUGAAGUAGUUAAUACAAGACUAAGAUAUUUAGCUGGCUAGAAAUAAUUUCUCGGUCAAAAGUAAAAUCUAAUAGAAAAGAGAAUUCACAGAGCCAGUUUUUAUAAUAACAUAAAUAAAAGUAAUAUAAAAAAUAUCUUCAGACAAUAUAAUUUUACGGAUUACUAUACAAAUAUUAAUACUAAAAAUUCCUUGAGUUAUCAUUAAAUGGCAGAAAGUGAUUAUACAUUCAAUAUGAUAAGAUCUAUCAUGGAAUAAGCCAUCUGAAGAAAGUGCGAAUGCUUCAAAGUAAGAUAUUUCGUAGUGUAACAUAUACCUAUAUUAAAGAAUUAAGAUAAACACUUCGAAACAAAUCUUCGGAUUUGCCUACGCGAUAGAAAGAACGUCGAGUGGUCAAGUCGUAGUUGCGCUCGCCAAGUCUGGCAAGCGCGAAAGCUUUGUGCUCAGAACUUUCUUCGAGUAAGGCCGAAUAUCAAACGGAAGAUCAAAUAGUUACGAGGAACGGGAGUAUAUCUCGCGAAAGUUUCUCGAGAGAAGGGAGGGAACAAGGGAGUCGCGUGUUGCUCUCCUCUCGAGAGGCCGCGCGCGAGGCGCAGCCGAUCAUCGCGGACAAUCGGUCACUCGUCGCGAUCCGCUCUUUGUGAUACACCACGCCAUACCGUUCGCGGAGAAGGAAGAAGACAAGUGGCACAAGAGGAAAAGGAUGAUGGCGGGGACGGGGGUAGGCGGUGUUGGCGGUGUCGGGAUGCUGAGGACCAGGCGGCGAGACGUCAGCGUCAAGCCAAAUAGAAAACUCGACCGGAAGUCCUCGAGGGGGAUGAUUUACGAGAACGAGGAGCUCAGACUGAGGACCAUUCACAUCAAUGCCGAGGUGGAGCAAGGCCAAAACGAUAUUAAGAAAUUGCGCAGGGAGAACGAGCAGCUGCGUAGGGAAAUAUGGAGUCUCAGAGACGAGUACGACAAACUUGAGGAUAUUUUGAAGAAGCAGAAGAACCGAGGCGAAAGCGAAGAGUACGAGGAUCGCUCCGAGGAGGAUGACGGCUUGCAGUCGGACUUCUCCUGCGAAGAGGAUGAAGAGGAGGACGAAGAUAACGAGAAGCCGGUAGAGGACUUCAACCAAGAAGAACAGCUGGAGAAUGCGGAGAAUCAGAAGAUCUCUUCCGAAAAGAUGAGCAGCAAUAUGCAUCGACUUCACGUGGAGUUCGACGAUCUGUCGGUUGUCGACGAGGAAGAGGAGCUUAAGAGAGAUAAGGAGAAGAUGGAGGCGACACCGGAGAAGGGCCAGGAAAACGAGGCUGUCGGGCAUCCACCCCCGCCGAUCCUCGGCCCCCGGCAACUUCACGAUAACAUCCCGUUUUAUCCGGCCACGUACGAGCCGACGAGUGGUUUCAGCGGAACCAGUUAUUACACCGAAUGCCCGUUCGAGUUUCCGAGUGCGGUGGAUUUAAUGCUAUCCACGGAUACGUCCGCAUUAUUGGCUUCACCGUACUCCGGAUUACAGCCUGAUCCAUUGAUCCCGCUAGCCAACUUAGACACCGCUGGUUUGGAAGUGGCCGAUCCGAACCUACCUCAAAUUCACGUCCCACCCAUCGGUUGGCAGAACGACAUGGUCUUUCAAAAACAAGUGCCUACUUAUACGGGUAGCAUUGCUCCCGUCACAUCAACAACGGGGAUAGGAAAACCGGACUCGCAGCCGAUAAUAGUUUCCUCGUUGGGAAGCUCGGUGUCGCCAUCAAAUACUUUCAGUUUCUUAAGCAGGAGAAACGCAAGUACGAGGCAACCCAUGAGGCUCCAUGAAACAUCAGCUACUCAAGAUUCACGAACGCAAUUUUUGUGUUCCGAAGAAGCGGUCGGCAGAAACGUCUGGAACGUGAAUUCUCCUAGAUUCGCUGUGGCAAACAGAGAAAAUAAUACGCAGCGAGUUGAGAAUAUCGAAGAGACCACGAUGCCGGAAAAGCCUAAACACUUCUUCUCACAGCAGCCUUUCAAACUAAAAAGACAAGAAGAAGAAUCGCCAACCGCUAGUGUAAGUUAUUUUGGAACCGGAACUAGUUCGAGUAGCGGUAAAACAGCUUCUACGGUGGUUUCUAGGACUAAUCCUUUCGUAGGGUUAAAAGGUUCAGCGGACAUUUACGUAAAUGGUGCGAUACCUUGUGAAGACGCGAAGGAUAAGAAUGAUCCGAAAACAUUUUGGAGUACAGAUAACCUAUUGAUCACGGAUAGCAGAAGUGCUCUGGGCAGUCAACUGACGAAGUCGGUAUCCUGCCAAGAUCUCUCGAGCGACUCUCAGAGUGUCGCGCAACAAUUAAAACUAAAUCACGUCGAGUCUCAGACGCUUACGAAAAGUGACAAUACUCUGGACAGUAUAAGCGAUUCCUCUAAUAAACCGUACAAGAGUCAUCUAAACGUGACGUUAAAAGUACCGCGAGUCGAGCAAGCGUCGAGUCCAGAUACACCAGAAAUACCCAACCUACCUUCGAUAGAUUACCGUCUCUUUAGGAAUCCUUUUUUAAGAAAUUUUGAUAAGAACUGUCCUAACUAUCAAGUAAAACCGAGUCCUCCUCCCACCGCGACACCACUCUCUAUUCAAGUGAACGACGACGGCCUCGUUUAUCCGUAUUCUAUGCCGGGUUACGGUCGAGGUGUUCACCUCAACGAGAGAUUUCGAGCUGCACACUUGCCGGAUCAAAGUCGAUUGCUGAUACCCAGCGACCAAGUAAUGAGCGGCAAGCAGGAUAUUCAAGUGACUUCCUUCGAGAAACCGAGUCCUUGCAAUUUGAUACCUUCCGCCACGCCUUACGAUCUGACGAGCUUGAGAAGAUUAAACGCGAAUCGAUAUCUGCAGAGUCAGAAUCUGUACCAGAACGUUCCCUUCGUAUCACGAGGACCUGGUCAAUUUUAUUCGCAGAGAUAUGGAAUGAUGUACUAUGAUAACGUCACGAAAGUACCGGCGCAAACGCAGACGUCGAUUGACGGCGAUUCGCAUCACGAGGACGAGGAGACGAUCAGCGCGCCGAAUUCGCCGAGCGGACAGAGACGGAAAAAAAUCGUGAAGAAAGACAAAACUUUAAUUAAAGAUCAAAAACCGCUAUCGCCGACUGUACAAAGAAAACUAAAGAAACAAACCAGCGCCACGUCGACAGAUACACUCGAUUCGGCUGGAAAAAUGACGCGGAAGAAACCGAGGAGAUUGAGCACGACGACGCCCGACGUACAAGAGAACAAGAACGAGAGCAGGUCGUCGUCCUCGGGACAGGACUCGCCGCGCAAAGAUCAAAAUCGAAGGGUGUCUGUCUACCUCAAUUCUAAAAGACGACCGUCUCAAGCGUCAUUAAAAACCACGAGGAGUGGUAGUGUCGAUGCUAAGGACAAGCUCGCGGAUGGUACCGCGCUGAAUUCGGAACGCGAAAGAACGAACUCGGUCAGCAGUCGAGAAAUUACCAACGUGAAAACUCGCAAGACUAGUACCAGUAGUGGUAAUGUGCCAUGGUGCGCGUGUUGGGGGAACGGUUGCAUUUAAUGAAAGCUGCAUAUUUAAUCUCACUCAAGGAUGUAACUAGGAAAGCAGAAUAAAUACAAGAAGUAAAGCGUUAGCUAAUUUUAAUGUCAAAGUAUUGAAUAUCAAUAGUUUAGUUAAUUAGUGCAUUAAUUAUUAUAUAAAUAGUAUCAAUUAUUUUUGUGAGCGAUGUUUUAUUUGUGAAAUUAAUCUUUAUACUUAAAAAAAAAAUUACCGAGUUUAUCUAUGUACCGUUAUUUAAAAUUACCACGUAGAUAAACUAUAAAACAUAUUACUACGCUAUAUAUUAUCAUUCAUUACAAAUCUCAGAAAUUAAUAUUCAUUACUCAAUUACUCUAAAGAAGAAAAAUUGGAUCGUACUUUCAAAUCAGCGAUUUUUUCCAUCGAGGAGAUUAAUGCGCCAGAUGCGUAUUAAUCUAGUCACAUCACUGAUACCAUCUGGAUAUCUUUCAAUAGUCUGAUCUCGUAUGCAUCUCGCGAAACAUUAAAAUGAGAAGCUGUCGCUGGAACCGGACGCAGUGACCCUUAUUUAUUUAACACAGCUGCGAUUUGUGUCAACAUUGAAAGGUUCUUGCUACUUUCUGGUCCUCGAGCCGAGAGAGGACCAGGUCGACUAAAUAAUUCGAAGGGCAAAUACCAAAGGGAAAUGCUGAUGGGCCGCGGAAUGAAUUCAGGAAGGAAGGCCUUAACUUCCCGUUGCUGGUGUAAGGGAACCGCCAUUGUAGUCGGUAACGCAGGUCGUAAAACAAGCACAGACAACGGUUCUAUGGUGUUACUAACGCUGUCACAACGGGGUGACAGUUGUAUCUAAACUAGUUCUGCCAAGAGACCAGGAAGACGAGCCUGCAUCCGCUCUUAAGGCAAAUUUACUGGGGUUAGCAAGCGCAAGCUUGUUCUAAGCACGCGUGCGAAUAAUGGUAUACAUUCUCGAAUUAUGUAGAUUUUCUAGUAGCGAUUAUUUAUAAUUAGAUUUCACAAACCAUAUAAAAGUCGGAAGUAUACCUAUAUAAAAACAUUAGAUAUUUUUAAAAGAUCUUUUAGAUUGUAUUGUUGUCAUGUUUUAUACAAAAGAUUUUGCGAAUUUAAAAUCAAAACUUGAAAAAUUCUUGUCAUGACAAAAACUGUUAUCUAUCGUUCAUUAUCAUGCACAUUAGUUAUAAGUAUUACUUUAUAUGCUGCAAAGCUAAACAAAAUACUACAUAUACAAAAUAUUAUUUCUAGUCAUUUGAUAGUUAUAUAUUUUAUUGCAUUUUAAUGUCUUAAUUUAUUUAAAAAAAUUACAAAUUAUAGAUUCUACGAAUAUGUGGCAAUAAGUAUUCUACGCAUUUACAGCAUUAUAGCUAAUUUUUAAAAUAAUAAUGAUGAAACAGUAAAUGUACAUAAGUAAUUGUAUAUGCUGUAUUAGACUAGUACAGUAUACACUUGUAUAUAAUUUGUAUAUUUUGAUAAUUAAUUUAUAUCAAUAUAUUAUAUAUUUAUGUCCGACGUAUUUAAUGUAAAGUCAUGUGUAUAAUAUUUUAGAUUUAAAAAUGUCAAUGUUAGAGAAAGAGUCUAUAGAACAAAUCUUAUAAAAUGUGUUUUAAUAACGCAUUGUACUUUUAUACUUUAAGCGUUUUAAAAUACAACAUCGAUGUAUUUUGUA